GCAUGGAGACAGAAGCUGAAGACACUGCAGACCAAGAAGAAGCAGCGGGAUAAAGAGGCCACGAAGCUAGCAGCCAGAGCAGGCCUGCGAGAGAGAAGCUGCCAGCAGACUCAAAACAUCAGCAAGGAGGAGUUGAGAAAGAGAAUGGAGGCAGCUUGGAGGCACUACGACAGUCAGCUUUACAAGGCAGCUCAGCCAGUUGUGCAGGAAGACCUUCCAGUGAGAGACAGAGAGGCUUGGUUUGUCAACAGGAAGCAAACAGUGCUGACUUUCAGUGACCAGAUUCCUGUCUGGCUGAAGCCUCCUCCAGGCAAGAUGCUGGUCAGCACAGUGAGACAGGAGCGGGCCCUGCAGCAGAGGGUCAGAAAGCGAGCCAGGAAGAAGCAGGCAGAGCAGUUGAAGGAGGAAGCAGCUGGAGAAGCAGCAGAGCAACAGAUGGUUGCAGCAGAAGAGGAGCUUGGAGAGCCAGAGCAGCCUGUUGAGACAGCAGCCAGAAGUCCAGGGCAGGCGGUAGAAGAAUACUUUCAGCCAGACAAGAAGCCAGUGGGUCGAGUGAUGCCUUCCAUUUUGCUGGUCUAUGGCAGCCACUGCAGAUUGGAAAACAUCAGCGAGUCAGGGCACUGGCUGGAGACAGAGCAAUAUGAAUACCAGGGUCAAACAGUGCGCAGAGAGGCAGGACAGAAGGUUUCAGGUGUGCUCAUGCGUCAGUGGAGACAGCUGAGACAGGAAAGGCCAGAGCUUUUCCAAGGAGACGAAGUGUUGGUCUGGAGUCAGCCCAGUGCAGUUGUUGACUCAGUCAUAUACGCUUUCCAGCAGGCACUGGAAGCCAAGGAGCACAGACAGGCUGUAGACCUCAUAGAUGCCUUUGUAGGAGGAUGGACUGAGGCAGGCAGCGAGGCAGCCUUCAUAACACAGAGACUCAGAUGCUGUGUGGGGGCAGGCACAACAGGCCUCACACAGCUCACAGACAUAGCGCUUGCUCAGCCAGCUAAAGCAGCCCUUAGCAGAUACCACAAUGACCUGAGGGACAUGCUCAGAGAGAAAGCCAGACAGGAAGGUGUUACACCAACCUACAAGACAGGUCUUGCAGAGAUCCUCGAGGCAGCCAGAGUGAUGCACCAGAGGAUGCAGCAGCUCAAUGAAACCAGCGAGACAGUCUUAAGGGGAGCGAGAAGUGGAGGCUGGCUCCACUACAGGCCAGACGAGGCAGGCGACCUGCAGCCAGUCAGUGCACAGCCAUGGGCAAAGGACUUUCCAGAAGGCAACAGCAAGAUGGCUCCACACAUGCUCUCAGACAGAGCAAAGUAUGUGAAGUCAGGCAAGCCAGUGCCUUUCACAGAGGAAGAGAAGGGCCAGCAGCCACAGCCAGAGUAUGAAGGCUCUUACCUGUUCUCCAGCCAGCAUGGAGUGCAGACAGGCUUUUUCGUUGACAUGCCAGCGGAUUUUGCGAUGAGCCAGGCAGAACAGCUGGCAGUGGAAGAGUUGCUGCAGCAUCCAACAGUGAGGCAGAAAGCGGGCUCCAAAGCACAGAGGCAGGCAUUGGAGCAAGUCAGACCAGUCAGCAGCAAGACAGCAGGCAAAAAGUUGAAGCCCAGUGCCAAGCUCAAGUACAGUCACUUGCAGAAAAGGAAGAAAAAGCAGAGCAAGAAGACAGCAGCAAUCAAGACAGCAGAGGCAGCAGAGAAAGCAGAGGAAGAGGAGUCAGAGUGGAAUGGUGCCAUAGGCAGAGUUGUUGGAGAGACAGCAAAGGCAGCCUGGCAAGGCUUGGUCGUGACAGUGGAGAAAGCAAAGGGCAGCCAGCUCCUCUGCCAGAUACCGAGCAAGGGCAGCCAGUGGAUUUGCAAGGCAGAUCUAGAAUGCCCUUUGCUGCCAAAGACAGCCAGGCAGACAAUGGCUCCACAGCAGCUCAAGGAUGCAGCCAGGCAGUCUUUGCAGGCAGAUUGGAUGCAGCAAGUGGAUCUCUACCAGUUCGGCCAGCUGGUGACAGAUGAUCAGCUCUUGGCAGGCUGGAGAGAGAUUAGCAGCAGACUGAAGCCAGGCAGCGCAGUGCGAUGGGUAACCCCAGCUCAAAGCAAGCUAGCAGCAGAGACAGGUGCAGUUUGCAAAGCCAUGGAAGACUUCCUGGCAGACAGCAAGACUUUGCUGCUGGUACCAAUCCACAGCUCAGCUCCACAGCACUGGACACUGCUUUCUUUGAGCAAGGCAGGCAGCAGCAAAGAAGAACAGCCAGAGGUCCAGUACUUCGACACACUCAAGAUGCAGCCAGAAACAGCCAAAGCAGCAGCUAGCACAGUGCUGCAAGUCUGUUUGCAGACAGAGACAGAGCUGCCAGUGCCAUGCAACCGUUUCCACCAGUCAGACGGUUUCAGUUGUGGCCUCUGGUGCCUUCAGUACAUGGAAAGACAAGCCAGAGAGUUCCUAGGAUGUAGUCAGUCCACAUGGCAGACAGUUGGGGAGCUGAGCCAGAAGCUUCAGUCCUGGCAAGAAGCAGUGCUGAAGCAGAAGUCUUUAGACAAGGCAGCAAAGGCUUUGGAGGCCAAGAAAGCAGCAGAGAAGCAGCCAGCAGAAGAAGCAGGGAAGACGAAAAAAAAGGGCAAGGUGGCACAGACCAAGCUGCAGCUAGGCUGGGACGAGCAGUUUGGUUGCAGCAAGUGCAAGUAUAGCAAGACAGGCUGUUUGGCUUGCAACCCAGCCAAGAUGCUGCGCUGGGCAGAGAAGCAGCAGAGAAGAAAAGUAAGUGAGGCAGUCACAGUGGCAGAAAAGAAAGUCAGAACACGGCCAGAAAGAG